ACUCUUCACGCAUGCUACACAGCUGGCUUGUCGAAAUUCUUUAUCUGGAGGCUUCUACCAACUUGGGAAUAAUGCUGAGUCAGGUGAAAUCCAUGAACAUCCAGCAUUUAUCUAACAAGAGUGAGCAGUCAGGAAGGGACUAUACAUUCUCUGAGCAUGACAACAAAUAUUCCUUGAAGGAUGACGUCGACAUCUUCAGCCAAGGUGUGGGACGCAGGAAGCACUUCAGCUACAGCACACAGUACAAGUCCAGUAUCUUUUGGGCUGCUGGAGCUGACAGCAGAAGUGAAGCAAGUCACGAAUCAACCUACAAAACUGACUUCGUCAGACCUCAAUCUGUACAAGUUCCAACCAGCUACAGACGGUUCCCACACAACCAUCAAAACAAAGCAGCUGAGAAGAGUCGGACAGUACAGACGUGUCAAUGGUUUGUUCAUGGGAUUUAA